AUGUCUCAGGCAGAUGGUGGAGCAGAAGGUCAGUCAUGGGUAGAGCAGGUGCACCAGACAGAGGAGCAGUGGGUGGCGCUGCUCAGCCGUGAUGGCGACCUCUUAGUCGAGAGCCUCAGCAACCUGCCGCCAGACCUACAAGGCAGACUCGAACAGGUCAUCGAGCACACCAGUCGUGUCAGACAGGCCCAAGACGAUGGCAGCCAGGUGAUCGUGGACACCGGCUUAGGCACCGCAUCUUGGCGGUUGAAGUAUGGGCCCUCCUCCACUGAGGAGGAAGACGACGAGCCACCUACCCAGCCCAGUCAGUCCUGGGCAGACCAAACCGAGGCCAUGACUCAGGACACAGACAGCAUGCAGCCGGCACCUCAGACAACAGCAGCUACGGCAGACCCUUCUCAGACAGCCUUGCAGGUGACACAGCCAGGCUUAGCCCAGGCUCAGGCUGCUAUGGGUAAAGUGCCGCCCAUCAGUAAGAAAGGCGCAGGCAAGGGCGCCGGCGGUCGGACCCCAGUCGUCAAGGAGCCGCCGGUGAAAGCCCGGCCGGGACAGCCAAUGGCCAAGGCGCCCACAGUCUCGCCGCCACCUGCCUUAGCUUUUCCGAACGAGCUGGUCGGAUACAAUUCCGGCCUGUACUAUGCAAAAUGGGAGGCGGUAGGCGCGCACGGGCACUACGUGACCACGGUCAUCGUACCGAUGGCUUUUGCCUUUCGGACAGCCAUGGCCUCCGUGAGUGACUCCACAGUCACCUUCCGGGCAAAAGCAGCCCAGCACGGCAUUCCUGAGGAAAGCCUUACUGCAUGGGCCACAGACGGAAUCCAGACUUACUCUCAGCUGCUGUUUCGCGUGGCCAGCGCACCCAAUGCCAUAGACAGUGGCAAGCUGGAUAAGCUUCUGAAGAGCAUGAAGCCCCCAGCCACAGACUCAGUCGCUUCUGCAGUCAACCGGCUCCUUUUCGAGGCAGGUACCUUCGUGGUAGCAGAGUUGCGCAGUAGUCUGGAACAGCCAAGCUCAGAGCCGACCCGCAGACUUUCCACACAAGAGAGAACCAGUCGUCUGCAGGCCUUGCAGUCCAAGCUCGGAAGCUUUCGCAUUUCUGGGCAAUAUGAACCGAGUCAUCAGCUAGUCGAUGCCUUUAGCAGCAUGCUCUCUGACCAGUCGGUGCGGCAUGUGCCCUUGCACCGUUGCAGUUGCAGAGAGCAGGAAGUUGCGAACGUCAAGAAGGACGAACACCUGCUUAGGCUUGAGAACUCAGCCCUGCGGCUGGCGAGCAAGCCUCAGCCGCUUAAGGUCGACCUGUCUACCGAACUCAGGGUGGCUCAGGCCUUAAGCAGACGCGGUCUAGCCAUGGAGAUGGCAGGCAUUGGGACCUUUGAGGUCCAUGAAGCCUAUGCCAGGACGCUGCUAGAGCACUUGCACAGGCCACCCCCGCCUAAGUUCGAGGCGCCAGGCAUUGACGCCCUUCUUAGAGCAGACAGAGAGCUGUGGGUGCGAGUCGCAGAGCAAGUCGGCAGUGAGUUCACAGGCCCAGGCAAGGCAGACGCCAUCGACAACGCCAUUAAAAACUGGCAGCACAGCAUGCAAGUAGCCUACUUCCUUGUGCCUGUUCCAAAGCCAGAGAAGCCCGAGAAGCAGCCCUUCAAGAGGACCUGGGAUCAGUCUUUUCAAGGCGAGAAGGGCAGCAAAGGUCUGGACCCUAACUUCAAGGGACAGCCGAUUUGCUUCAAUCACAGCCUGCCCCAUGGCUGCAGCGAGGAGCAGCCGAGCUCUGUUGGUACCACAGUCUCAGACGGCACCACAACAGCCCAGGUACAGGCAGGGACCGCAAGCUGCGACCUCAGCCGAGAACACAGCGCGCUCAGACAGGGAGUGACGCCAGGGGGCGCGGCAGUCACCUCAGACACGGCGCCUCAGCAAGCUGAGGUGUCAACUCAGCCAGCCAGCCCGGUUGUUAAGGAACACGAGCAGGCACAAGAACAGAUGAGACAGCAGCCUCCCAUAGCCAGACAGGAGGCAGAACCGCCCCCGCCACCUCCAGCGGCCGUUGGCUCUGGGGGCACACUCUUUCUGGAACUCUUUGCAGGCACAGCCCGCAUGUCCAAGGCAUUUGCCAGGCUUGGUCUGCAAGUUUUGGCAGUCGAUUCAGUCAAGCCCAGCGGUGUCGCAGGGCUCAGCCUAGACCUGGCACAACCUCAGAGCCAGAAACUAAUUUUUGAUCUUCUUCGCUCCAGACGUAUCUCAGCCGUACAUUUAGCCCCACCAUGUGGCACCAGCAGUGCCGCCAGAAAUAUCUUUGCAGGUGCAGACUCCCCACAGCCGCUCCGCAGUCCGCUGCACCCUGACGGGCUGCCCACACUGGGGUUCGCACAGAGACAGCGAGUCAAGGCAGCGAACAAACUCUAUCAGUUCACGGCACUAGUCAUUCGAGCAUGCAUUGAGGCCGGCAUCUGCUGGUCAUUGGAAAAUCCGCAGUCAAGUUUGUUCUGGCUUUGCACACCGCUGCAAAGCCUGUGGAGAGACCAUAAGGAUAGAAUCCACUUCGGAACAUUCGACAGCUGCGUGUAUGGCGGAUCCAGGCGCAAAGCAACCACGUUUUGGUCAAGCGCUCAGUCAGUGGUAGCCCUGUCGCUCAGAUGCCACCCAGGCCUAAAUCACACCCACCUGCCUUGGGGCAAGUCAGGCACAGUCUGGGCGACCUCAGCCGAGGCCGCUUAUCCGACAGCCUUAUGCAGGCACUGGGCAGCCUUAGUCACGCAGGAGCUAGUCGACACAGGCAGGAUUCAGGCUCCGAGUCUCUGGCACGGCACCCAGCGCUUUGCAGCCUCUGAAAGAGCUGCCCUAGGUCUAUUCCCCAAGGCCACGCACUCGCCCGUCACAGUAGACCCAUUCCAAGGCAAGCAGUGGGUCAGACUGGACAGCGACUCAGACAGGACAAAAUUCGUCCCAGGAGUGCGCCUGCAGGACGCCUCCUUUCCCAAAGGUUCAACCACUGUCACGGUUGGUGUGGAGCAUGGGACUUGGUGGGCCCUUGUGGGACAGCCAGUGCCACCAGAAGAUUUCCUCAAGGCUGCGGCGGCAAGCCAGCACCCAUCGUGUGCUUUGCCGCCAUUGCCCGAGGCACUUGAUAGAACAGUGGAAAGCCUCAGCAGUCGCAAGCUCUCAGACAUUCAUAGGCUGCGGUGUGAAAGGCUGCGUUCCUUGUGUGACAUGGCACGUGAGCUCCAAGCGCAGGAGGAUGCAGACCACAGACAGCUGCAGCCCCACCUUAGGGACAUCCUCAAAGGAAAGCGCCUAAGGUUUUUUGAUACUAUCCUCCAAGGCAUCGCUUUCCCAGACAGGCAGCUAGUGUCAGACAUGCGUGCAGGUUUUCGCAUCACAGGGUGGUUGCCAGACACGGAAACUAGGCCGUCCAAAGUUGUACCGCCAGUCAUGCACAGAGAUGAGGUCUGGGAAAGCAGACUGCGUCACAACAAGCAAGUUUGGAGCCAAUGCAGACCGAGUACUGAUCCAAACCUUGACAGGGAGCUGUGGCAUCAGAGUAUCAAGGAGUGCUCCCAAGGCUGGGCCACCCUGGAAACCGGACACACCAAGGCUCCGGAGAACUGCGUCUUAGGCCGCAGAUUCCCAGUUGUUCAAGGCGAUAAAACUAGGCCGAUAGAUGACCUUUCAGUCAGCUCAGUCAAUUCCAGCCUCGGUGCAGAUGAAAAGAUAGUCGUACAGCCGAGCUCCAGCACCAUUGCUCUGGCGCUGCACAUACAAUGUCGCUGCCUUUCCAAGCACAGGACAGCGGCGCAGCCCGCAGGCAUGAAGGGCAGGACAUUCGACUUGAAAACUGCUUUCAAGCAACUCGGCAUAGCCACCGAGGACCUGCCUUUCGCAAAAGUCGCAGUAUGGAACCCAGACGCCGCAGCUCCAGCCGUGCUAGCCCUCAAAGCCCUGCCCUUUGGGGCCACCGGCAGUGUCCAUGGGUUCAGUCGCUGCAGCCUUGCAAUCUGGCACGUGGCGGUCAGCUUGUUGCUCCUGCCUCUCACAGUGUUCUUCGAUGACUACACUUCAGUCACAGUCUCUGAGGACAGCCAAAGCGUAGAAACCGGCUUUCUCCUUUUGCUAAAGCUCCUGGGCUGGAGGGCAGCUCUGGACGGCAGCAAGGCGCAGUCCUUUGCAGAGAGCUUCGUCAGCCUAGGCAUCGCAUACAUUUUGCCAAGAACUCCAGCAGGCUUCGUCAGGGUGAGCAACACCGAAAGCCGGAAACAGGAAGUGACAGUCACAUGCCAGCGUGCUCUAGCCUCGGGGACCUUCUCCCCUGCAGAAUGUCUGGCUUUCGCAGGUAGACUCAGAUGGCUGGAUGCCCAGAUAUUUGGCAGGAAGGGCAGAUGGGCCUUUCGCACCAUCCUGGAGCACGGGAGCAGGCCAGGCAGGCACAGACAGUUGCAGCUCUCACCUCAGCUCCGAGACGCCCUCAGCUGGGUGCAGCAACAUGUGCCAGCAGCCAAGCCCAGGGCCUUCAAAAGGCCACCGACGAAGGCCUACAACGUCUUUACCGACGGCAGCUUCGAAGCAGGACUGGGACGCAUAGGAGGCGUUCUUUGCAGCCCGACAGGACGGAUCACAGAAUGGUUUCAGGCUACUGUGCCGCAAGACUUGGUCCAGACGUGGCUGCAUGAAGGCACCAGCCAUCCCAUCCUGCAGUGUGAGAUGCUAGCAGUCUGUGUAGCCGCCGCUCUGUGGGGAGCAUCAAUGGCGGAAUGGCCGGUGACGUGGUGGAUAGACAACGACGCAGCCAGGCACUGUCUCAUCAGUGCACGGGGUUUCCCCGAGUCGAACUACAGGCUUCUUCAGACCGUUCUUUGUUGCGAAGAGGAGUUCCUCCUCCAGUCUUGGUUUGCCAGAGUGCCCAGUGCCAGCAACCCCGCAGACGCGCCCAGCAGGGGUGAAGCAGCUGAGUUUCUCGGACAAGCCACGGAGAGAGAAGUGAAGGUGGGGUGGUUGCGGUGCUUAGCCAGAGGAGCCGUCCCGCAGCAGUUCCUGCAGCCGACAGACCUACAGCUGCCUUGGGAGACAGGAGCCUUCAACUUCGUGUGCGAGGACAGGACGUUCCUAGACGACCUGCAAGACCAGUUGCUGGCACAGCCAGCAGCAGUGCCCUUGCCUCGGCCGACACAGUCGACUCAGGCCGCUGAAGUCUCAGCCCCAGUGGCGCCCAAGCCCAGACUCAAGGCCCUCGGGCAGUGGCAGCCUCAAGACAGUCAGGCCGAACGGCAAGCAGCCUUGUCGAAGUGGAGCCAGUUGCUCAGGGCGGUGCCGCACUUUUUCCAGCCCGAAACAGUCAGUGAGGUGGCCAACGAAAGCAGCCGCGUGGAACUGGGCAACCUGGACCUUAGGUUUGCCAAGAAGAGCACCAACACCCUGCUGAACAGGAUCAGCAGCCUCCAACGGUUCGCGGCUUGGUGCUUGAAAGCCUUCCCGCACGAGCCCUUGAGCGAACCGCUGGUUUUUCUCUACUGUCAGCACGUUACCAGCCAACAGCCCAGCAGUAGUGCCCCAGACCAGCUUUGUCAGGCUCUGAACUUCAGUCAGGGGUGCCUCGGUCUGCAGACACCAGCCUCCAGUCUGGUUAGCCCGCGCGUGCAAAGCAUCGCGCACCAGAGCCUUCGACAGCAGAAGCCUAGCAAGCAGGCUCCAGCCUUGACGACAGACCAGGUACGUUGGUUACAGUCCUUCUCAGUCGCAGACGAGUCACAGUACGAGUGUUACCUGGCGUCCACUUUUCUUUUCAUGGUUUAUGCCAGGGCACGUCAUAGCGACUUGAAGCGCAGCAAGAAGCUAACAGUAGAUAGAGACGACGAAGGCAACGUUGUUUUCUUGGAGUGCUCAGUCCUGAACCCCAAGCAGUCGAAAUCCAGUCGAAGGCGGAAUAUGUUUCUGCCGAUUGUGGCACCAGCCGAGGGCAUCUGCUCAGAGCCGUGGGCGGUUCGGUGGCUGGAGCUGCGCCAAGAUCUGGGGCUGGUGUGCGAAGGCAGCCUUACAGACAGCCCUCUUCUCCCAGAGCUCGCAGCCGACGGUAGUCUUUUGCCAGUCAACAUGGACUCCGCCACAGCGUCCAAGUGGCUUCGCUGUUUGUUGUCCAAGCAGCCCGGCAGCAGUCUGGACGACAUCCUGCAGAUGUCCAGCCAAGGACUCAAGGCCACUUGUCUAAGCUGGACCAUGAAGGCGGGGAUCCCAGACCCUGACCAGACUUUGUUAGGCUACCACAGCAGGGGGAAGAGCUCUAGUGCCAUGAGCUAUGGCAGGGACAGCUUAGCAGGACCGCUCAGACACCUGGCGAAGGUCCUGCAAGACGUGAAAGAGGGCAAGUUCAAGCCAGACUCCACCAGGUCAGGACGUUGGCAGGCUGAACAGUCGACCUCAGCGGCAGCAGCCUCUUCAGCCGCGCCCAAGCCUCUGCCCAGCAAGCCACUUCUGGAAGCAGCAGCGCCGCAACAGUCCUCUGACAGCAGCAGUGACGAAGAGCUGGAGUCUGAUGGCUCUUCUGCCGAAGAUGUGCAGUUGUUGCAGAGCGUCAGCCACAGCCUAGCCUUGGUAGCCAGUAGCAGUGACUUUCAGUUUUUGACGAACGUGCGCAGUGGAGUCGUACAUGUCAGCCGUGUGGGCCAGGAUAGGCUCCUCUGCGGUCGCACAGUCUUUGCUGGACUACAGAUCACAGCCAUGGUAGACUUUUCGAAGGUUUCGGCGAUGCUGAAGUUUGCGCAGUUCGGCGCUGCAGAAGACGAGGUCCCUGGAGCCGAAGAUGGAAUCGACAGAGCUCAGCUGAGAAACAGCUACGAGGAAGCCUUGAAGUCCAUCUCGGAGGGCAAGGCUCUGGCUCUGGGCAAAGCCGUGCAAGCGAUGCAAAGAAUGCAGAGCGGUGAUCGAUUCUGGAUUCGUAGCUUUAAAGCUCUAUGCUGGCAAAAUCUGGCCGAAGCUGAAGAACAGCUCGGGCAGCACAAGAAGGCCCUGGCAAGCCUGCAACAUGCCGUGAGAGACGUCGAGCAUCGCUCUGCAGAUGUACGAAUGGCGUUGCUACGACGCUUGGCAGACUGUGCGAUGAAGGCCGAAGACUGGCCGGCGGCCACACAGGCCUUGUGCCGAUGUCUUCGCCUGGAGCCUGCGGAUACUGUGUCUUUGAGAAAGCUUGCCCAAUCGCUCUUGCGAUCUGGUGACAUGUCGAGGUGUCGGGAGGUCCUUACCCGAUUGAAGCACAGCGAGGGCGUCUCGGAGGAGGAGGAGUGGCUUCUGACUCGGCUGAAGCGGCGCUUUCAGCAACCCUGGUACCAGUGCAGAGGAGAUUCGUCCAAAGAGGCAGACUUCGCGUCUCUCAACGCUGCGCGGGCCAAGCGGCGGAAGACUGCUCGGCAAGCUCGUGCGAUUCCACCCAAGGAGCAGCAGCUGAUGCGUCUGUCACUGGUGGAGCUGAUGCAGACUCUACGAUCCAUGGUCAUGAGUUCCGUUCCGCCUUUUCAGCCUGUGGUCUUCGUUCUCCGUGGAACGAAAGAGGACAACCAUCAGGAGGGGCAUCAUUGGAAGUUACUACAGUGGAAGGUGGAAGAAUCGCUGCAGCCCUUGCAUCUCGAGGAAACGGUGCACAGAACUGCGAUGACCGGUGCUGUUCUGGAUUCACUGCGAUCCUUGAUGGUCGAGCCCUGGCCUCUCAGUGGCUCUGCAGUUCAGUGGCUGUUGCAUCUCAUUGCCAGUGAAGACGCAUCUCCUGCAACUUUCGAGGAGAUGCAUGAGGAAAGUCGGGUUGUGGCAAGCUUCCUGGCCCUUGGCGAGAACGGUAACAGGAGCAGAUGCCAGAGCCUCCGAACGUGGUUGUUCGAUGUGGUGCGAUUUACAUCCGAGCGUGGACGCGAGCGCCUGCGCGUGUCCGUGGAUAAAUGCAAGCUCACUUCUUUGCAGGUAGAACUGCUCGGUGGAGCAGUUCUGCUGUCGCAGCCUCUACUUCGCUCGGCUGUUGAAACCCACUCAGGUGUCCGUGCGUUCUGGGCCAGCAGCACCUUUCUGGCUUGGAUCGAUCAAGCUGGAGGAGAAGAUCCUGAACCACGCCUUGUACUGCGCAGUUUCGUUCAAGAAUUUGGUUUGUAUCUCGGCCUCAGGGAGACUGAGCAUGCGCGUCUUCGCAUGUGGGUGGAGGAGGGCUUGGGUUUCGAUGGCUCCUGCCAGCGAGGGCAGCUUCCAGCUGAAGAGGAGGAGCAACUUGCAGCUGAAGUCUGCGCAGUAGACUUUUGGCAGAGGGGCGGCGAGUUGACCCGCGCUUUGUGGACGGCGGCAUCAAUGCGCCAGGGACCCGCAACAGAGCUGGCACUACUCCGUUGCAGAGCACUGUGUGCAGCUCAUGGCCUCAAGUUGCAGAGCUCAACAGGCGAGGAGUUGACGACUUCGCGAGUGCAAUUGAGGCUGCAGCAAGUUGCUGCGGGGCGGCUCCGGGCCGAGCCGGCACUCGGUGCCGCGCAGCAGAGUGGCUCGGCCUCGGCUGCAUCGCUGGACGAAGAGAAGCUGGAAAGCGGCAUGCAGCCAGAGUCGCACAUUAUUGGGGAUGACGACGAGGACAGAAGCCGCGAGAUGAUGCUGUUGCAGAACGAGAAGGAGGCAGUCGAACUUGCCAGGUCCAUCGCCAAGUCAGCAGCCCUGCCUUCACCUCUCGCGAUGGACCAGACCAAGGUGAAAGAUCUGGAUCGAAUCUUCGACUGCAUCGGCAGGCUGCAGGCGAAAUCGGCCGAUUUCGAUAUCCUGUUCCUAGCGCUCGAGAAGAUCAUGUCGCACUUCUGUGUCAGCCUCGCUGAGUUAGAAGAGGCGGAGUACAUCAUGGUGCGACCGGCUUACUUCACCGCCGCUGUGAGAUGCGCACGCUCUGCCGCCCUCUUGCUGGACAAGGCUGCCCAAAAGUCCCAGGCUCUCGAGGUCGCCUCGGAAAGCUCGCUCCUGCUCGGAGUCAGGCAUGCGAACAAUCAAUCUGGAGCCUUCCUUCGCCCCGCCUGCGAGCACUUCCUCUUUGCGAACAUGCUGCUGGUUGCGUCGCUUGCACCUGGCGUACUGGCUGGCAGUCUCUCUCGAGAUUGGUGUCCGCUGCUGCAUGGUUUGUUAUCGCUGAAUCUGAAGAUUCUGAGCCUGAAUCUACUGGCCUCGGACAACCAGCAGGAACCGGCUCGGGGCGGCAGUCUCCUGGUCCAACGAGGAACUUCUGCGUGUCUGCCGCGACAGAAGCUGUGGCUGCGACUGUGCCGAUUGUAUUGCACCAGCCACGACCUGGCCCUUGAGCUCACAGAGCACUUCCUGCGAAGAGCGGCGGAGACCUGCGACGAAGCGAGGCAGCUCUCUUGGGAGAGCCUGAAAGGCUGCAUUGGCCAUCUCUUUGGGACGGCGAACUCACUGACCUUGAAGCGGAUCUCAGCGUCGGAGGACUCGCUGCUGUCCAUGCCGCACAUUUUGCUCAGCGGUGCCUUGCGGACCGGAGGCCCCACGAUCCAAGCAUGGCGUGAGAGGUGUCGAAUCUGGCAGGCAGAGGUGCCGGAGACAGAUGCUCCAACCGCGUGGAAGGUGAGCUUCAGAGCCUUGCGCAAGGAGGAGACGGCACCGAGCAGUUGUCAUCAGGACGACAAGGAGGACAUCGAGACUUGCCGAGUGGUGGCACGCUGCCUUUCGUCUUCAUGGGCACUGCCUGACAUCGACCACGAGGAACCGCGCAGUGCGUGCAAGAGGGAUGGCCCCUUCAAGCGCAUGUUGAACAGCAGCAUGGCAUAUUCCAUCCUGGGUGAAGAAAGACAGCGUGGUCAGCAACGCGACUUCCAGUCGCAAGCCGAUCUCCACUUCCCAGACUCCGGAGUUGUCAAGAACGGCUCUGAGGUUCCACCGCACAUCCUGGGCCUUGCAAUGGCUGUCAAUCAAAGGCUGGAUCCGAGUUCCACAUCAUCUCUUCGAUUCCUGAAGGCCGUGACUUCGCAGCUGGACGCGCAACUCUUCAAUGCCUCUUUGGACUCCUUCCAGCCGCAGGCUCUUCUGCAUCCCUUCACCUUCAACGCAUGCUGCAUGAUGAACAUGCUGCGAACAGAACUCUUGCCGGAACAAUGCUCCAAGCCCUUCGAUUACAUGGUCAAUGCCGUCGCUAGCAUCAACAAACUGUCAGACUCAGUGGAGGCAAUUCCAGCUGAAGCCCUCAAGGCCAAAUUUGGCAAGGAGCAGAGUGAGGCAGCAGACGCUCUUUUGAAGAAGCGUGAAGAACUUCACCACUUGGUGAUGGAAGUGCCGCUCAGCAAGCGUCACACAGCCAAGACGCCUCGUGCGGAGACCCAGAUGGACAAGCUAGAGUAUUACGAAAUGAAGAAGGCGAUGGAAAUGCUGGAGCCAGCCAGCAAGGUGCCGGCCUUGACCGCUCUUCCUUUCGAGAAUCCCUAUUCGAUGCUUCUGAAGCUUUCGCUGGCGGAGCGCGUCCAGGGGCAGAAGCCGGAGCUGCUAGAGGCUCUGAUGUGCAUCUCGAAGGCUGUUGCCAUCGGCCCAGCUUGCCAGGAACUCUGGUGGAGUGCUGGCCAGGUCUUUUUGCAGCUGUUCCUGUUGCAGGACGAUGCGGACAGCCUUAUCGAACCCUGGAGUCAGAAGCUACAGGUUCUGGCUGGAAGCUCGGACAUGAGUUGGUCACCGUGCUGGCGUUUCCUGUAUGGUCAGGCGCGAAUGUUGAAUCAACUAUGGCAGUGCAGGCUCACCCGGGACUUGACUUCUGGACUGAAAACGCUGAAGGCUGGACACCAACAGAUCCCUGAAGAGCUUUCUCAUUUCGCGCUGCAGUGGUUCGAAAGGCAGCUUGAGAUGCUGGUGCUGCUACGAUGCCGGAAGCGCUACUUCGCCCGCAGCAAUGAGACCAGGCUUGUGUCGCACUUGAAACGCUGCAAGCGCACGGCGCAGAUGCUUCUCUGGUUCCUCAUCAAGUGUACGGACAUGAGCGGCGAGUUUCAUUACACAGCGGAUGUGAUGACGACGGUGAAGGACUGGGAACAACCAGUCUUUGCAGAAACCUGGUGCAAGCUUGCAUACCGCGGCACCCAGCCGCUGCUUUGCUUCAGAGGGAUGGACGGUCGAGAUCGAGUCCCUGCAAGCUACCUUUGGUAUGUGCCAUACAUCCUGGGGCGAAUCGAGUGGAAGCUUUCGAAGCUGUGUCCCGCUUCACCAGAGAAGCUGGAGCGGAAGAGCAUCAUUUGCCUUCUGAUGGAUGCUUGCCAUGUGGAGCUCGCAGUGCGCGCUUCUCUGACAGAGAGGAGGAGGGACGAGAUCAUGGAGACCGAGCCAAGCUUCAGGCUGCAUGCAGUUCGCCUUGCAAUCCUGUUUGGGUCUCCAGACGGCUAUGAGAGUGCCGGAACGAUCUGUUUCGACACGAACUGUCUUGAGCUGUCGCGGCAAAAUGUUAUCGUUGACGCGCUCAAGGGGAUGCAAGCCGUCGUGCAAGAGAACAAGUGCCACAUGGGCAAAUACCUCUCCUGCGAGGCGAGGGCUUUGCUGGACAGUGGCGAGUUGAACAGGGCAGCUGACUGCGUGAUCAAGAUUGUGGAUGAAACGCUGCGAGCCCGCAAGUUCCGAGUGCCCUCCUUUGGUGCUUGCCUCAAUCCUCACGUCAUGCACUGUCAGCGCGCCCGGAAGGCAGAGAGGCAGCAGUGGGCGGCCAUGCAGACGUGCCUGGAAGUCCAACAGGCCAUCUUGCAGUCCAUCCUGGGAGUUCAGGGCUACGCUGCUCUGCAAGAGAAGCCCGAUGACCUGCGGGGCUUUGCAAGUUGCAGUGGUGUGCACCCCGGUCAUCGAACCAAGGUGGUUAAUGCGCUGAGAUCGCUGGACCAAAAUCGGCCUGAAUCCUGGCAGGCACUAUUCCAGGUGAAGUACGCUUUGCUUCGGAUGGUGUUCGCAUGCAUUGACACGGAGUCCAACACCAGCUUCGAGCUUUCUCAGACCGUGUACUUGCUGAGAGCUAUCAGGCGCAGCUUCAAUGCCUUGGUCAAGGCCAACUCGUCUCAAGGAGGUCGAUCGAAUGCGCCUUCAAGGCCUUACUUGGACUGGCGACUGUUCAGCCUUCUCCGCCACCUUUGCCUCAGGUGUCGCGGGAUGCGUCGCUUCCUCGACGAUGCGAAGCUGUGCCAGGAGGUCGAGCUCCUGCAAGCCAGCUUGAAAGCGGCUUCCUGGCGCCUCUUCUGCUUCGGGCUGGGAACUGCUGAACCUGCGCGAUCGAGCACUUCCGACGAGGACUUCUUCGAAUCACUGCAGGGCCAGAUGCCGCAGACUAAAGAGCUUAAGGACUUGAUCGGUGUUGCCAUUGAUGGCGAGGAGCUUGAUGGCUAA